AUGGACUCUGCAGAUCCUUUCUGGGGCCCCCCAACCUCGCAUGCCAACUUCUGCGAGGCAGACUACGCUGUGAGCAGAUACAUCGCAGAAUUCAUCAACAGCUUGACCAAUCUCAUCUACGUAAUCUACGGCAUCUACGGGCUACACCAAUUGCGAGGGAAAGCGAACAAAUCCAAAUCAGGUUACAGCGACUAUUUACGUGCUCUGCCAUACUGGGGCUUAAUCGCAGUUGGGAUAUGCUCGUUUUCAUUCCAUCUUAGUCUGAAGUACUACACCCAAAUGAUGGACGACCUCUCAAUGCUUUUCACUACAACCCCAGUUCUACAUCGCGUCUUGACAGCGAAUUCCACUCGCCGAGACUCUACCAUUAUUGCUACAGUUCUCAGCUCCUUGCUGCUAUUGCUAGUAACAUUCCACGUGAUGACCGAUGAACUGGUCGUCCAUUCAGUGUCAUUUGUCGGUUCUGUGGCUAUAAUCGGGGCUCAAACGGUACGACUCGUCAAGAGCCGAACGAUAGAGGGAUCAGAUACCCGGCGUCAGAUUUGGGGAAUGGUUAGAUUCGGUGCAGCGAUCUUCAUUCUUGGAUUCUGGGUUUGGCUGAUUGAUCAGUGGGCCUGUGGAUUCUUGACAGCAGCGCGUGAAGCAAUCGGUCUUCCUUGGGCAUUUUUCUUGGAGCUUCAUGGCUGGUGGCAUAUAUUUACGGGAAUAGGGGCCUAUAUCUUCAUCGCUGUUGUGGAUCUCCUUGUCUCCGACGAGGAUCUAAAAGAUUUGUGUGCCCAGCAGACAUUCGCAUGGCCUGCCUCCUGGGCGUCGACGUCGAUUUUCGCAGGAGAACCACAUCAGACAAUGGAUAUUGGCGAGAAAGAAGAAUAA